CCUCAGAAGAAGUCAGGCCCAGGGUUCCCUUUGUGAUGGCCAGAGCCACAGUAUGAGGCCUCGCCCCCUCCUGGGGCACCCAGAGUGUGGUUGGCACUCACCUGGCCUUGAGCCCGCAGUGCCUCCCUGCCUCCGCAGUCGACUGCCUUCCUAGGCCACAAGCAGGGAGCUGGAUGGGAAGUGGAACGUUCAAGGCAAGGACUUUAGCAGCUAGGCUACCGCGCCAAGCCCUAGUUCUGUACUCUCUACUUCUCGGGAUUGCCUCCUAAAUAUGGAAGACAGCCCGGGUUUCCAAAGGUCAGGGAGUACCAGGCUCCUCCGCGGGAUUCUUUGAGCUGCCAAGGACAGCUGCUCUCUGGCCUUCAGAUGACCUCAGAAACUAGAAAUGCUUAUUUCGGGCACUGGCCUGUUGGCCAGUGUGGUCAGGAGUGGAAAGCACCUGUCAGGUGUUGCCGCGGCAUUGGGCUAACGAGAAACUUGUGCAAGCUUUGUGGCUGAAAAAAACGGCCCCUUCCACCCGAUUUUUCCUGGGUGAACCAACCACAGCGGUUGGGGAGCGCCCCCUGUGAGCGAAUCUCGGUAACGGGGUUCGGGCUCGCCCUCCGGUUGUUCCUAUACGAUAACUGCCCGAAGAGCAGCUGGGUACCGAACUUGAGCCCCAGAGCUGGUGGGAGGCCCCGGCCAGGGAGGCUGUUCCUGAGGUUGGUUCCCGUCCUCGGCCUAGCCAGGCGCACCAGUGCUCGGCGGCGGCUGCAACUGGCUCUGGAAGCGCGAAGGCGUCCUUGGCCGCCGGAUCCAAGGGGCGCGCGGAACCCGGGGCGCGAGGGGCGAGGGGCCGAGGCGGACGACAGCGUCUGGCCGGGACCGCGAAGCCCUUGAGCCAAUCACCGCUCGAGGCUCUCCCUCGCGACCUCGCCCCCGGAAGGAGCGUCGCCCCGAGCAACCAGCACGUCCGGUUUUCGGUUGUGGCGGCGGGAAGCCAUGAGUAAAGGCCGAGCCGAGGCGGCGGCGGGAGCCCCCGCCAUCCUCCUGAAGUACCUGCAGGAGCAGAACCGGCCUUACAGCGCCCAGGACGUGUUCGGGAACCUGCAACGGGAACAUGGACUGGGCAAGACGGCCGUAGUGAAGGCGCUGGAGCAGCUGGCCCAGCAAGGCAAGAUCAAAGAGAAGAUGUACGGCAAGCAGAAGAUCUAUUUCGCUGAUCAGGCCCAGUUUGAUGCAGUGAGCGACGCUGACCUCCAAGGCCUGGAUGCCCAGAUCGUGGCCCUGACCACCAAGGUGCAGAGCUUGCAGCAGAGCUGCCGCCACAUGGAGGCUGAGCUAAAGGACCUGACGAGUGCCCUGACCACUCCGGAGAUGCAGAAGGAGAUCCAGGAGUUGAGGGAGGAAUGUGCAGGCUACAGGGAGAGACUUGAGAACAUCCGAGCAGCCACCAACCACGUGACUCCUCAGGAGAAGGAGCAGGUGUACAAGGAGAGAGAGAAGUACUGCAAGGAGUGGAGGAAGCGGAAGAGGAUGGCCACAGAGCUGUCUGAUGCGAUCCUCGAAGGAUACCCCAAGAGCAAGAAGCAGUUCUUUGAGGAAGUUGGGAUAGAGACAGAUGAAGAUCAUAAUGUCAAGCUCCCAGACCCCUGAGGGUCUUCCCGCAGGCCUGACGGAGGAGCGCGAGCCAUGCUGGACGGGCCACCUCAUCAGCGCGGCCCUGUUGCUGUAGCUGUUCCUGCUGCUUCCUCCUGUGAGCCGAGUGGUGGGAAGGCACAGACCAUGUGUU